ACUCCACUGGAAUGUGGAAACCACUUAAACAUACAUAGGCCACCCACUACCAAUCGCCAAUCUCAUGGCCAUAGAUUCCCAUUUUUAACAUAAAAAAAAAGUCUUAAACUACUCCCUCACAUCACCAAAACCCUUUGAACAUGUCUCUUUUGCACUUUCCCAUCUUCAACACUUACUCAUAUAUACAUAACAUAACUAUUCAGCCACACCUACAUAGCAUAACUAGCUCGUAAUUAUUUACCAUGUCAAAGCUUUCUAAUACCACUCUCCAAAGGCCUUCUAACAUUGUUGUACAAAGGCCUCAUAGGAAAGAGAAGGACAUGGUGACGUUCCUUGAUCAUGAUAAGCUAGCCAGGAAUUUCUCCAAUCUCUCCAAUGAAGCUUACCAUGUUGAAUCUUCUUCGGUUCCCUUUGUGUGGGAAUCUCAACCAGGUACCCCAAAGGUUAGAUUCAAAGAAAACUCUCUCCCUCCCCUCACACCACCACCCUCUUAUUUCCAAAAUGCUUCCGGAAAGACCACUCCCAAGGUCAAGAACAAGAACUCGCCAAAAUCUAGCUUUUUGCAAACUCUAUUUCCCAAACGUGCUACUAGAAAAGGUGGUGCUCCUUCACAAACUGGAUCUCAAAACAUUUGGUCUUAUUCUUCUUCUUCCCCGUCUUCUUCUUCAUCAUCGUCAUCUUUGUCAUUCUCCUCGCCACGGCCCACAUCAUAUUCCGUGCCAUCUUCUCCGAUGAUACACCCAAGGAAGGGUGUAGAAGAUGAAGACAUGUAUGAGGUGACUGGUUCCAGUUUGUGUUUUGGUAAUGCCAGGUCGCGAGGGUGUUAUUCAUCGAUAUUCAAGAAGGUACUUCUUGGAGAUUUUCUGUGACAUGUUGUAGCUCUUUUCUGUCUAUGAUUGGUGUUAAUAAACGUGCCUAGUUGGAUAGAUUGUAUGUGCCAAACUGAUUUUAAUAGUAAUGAAGUGCAUCAUAUAUCUUUAACCUGCUUACCUUCACCUCUUGUUCUGAUUUCUAACUCUUGAUUUUAGACUUAUAUGUAGCAGUCCCUUUAUGUUGGGAUUCAAUAGCCUAUACCAGAUCAUCACCACCA